GACUUUAGAUGCAUUGAAAAUGGCGACAGUUUUAUUGUUGGAUAGUUUUACAUCUAGACCCCCUAUAUAUAGGCCUACUAUAUAUAGAUUACAUUUCAUUGUUUUCAAAGAGAGAUUCGUUUGUUGCAGGAAAAAAACAACAGUGAGUCACUGAACAGUGUCAACAGUUAAAAGUUAAAUGCAACUCUUGAUAGCUUUCAUAUUCUUGACUGUUUCUGUGAAUGCUUUAGUGGAAUUUCCUGAGCUCUCCCAUUUGAAAUCAAAAACAUCUCCUAAAGUACAGGCUCAAGCUGUCAAAGAUUUAAUUCAACGUUUAAUUAAUAACAGAUCUUCAGAGUUUGAAGUUUACAUUGAUGAAAGCAUUGGACCUAAAAACAGAAACACAUUUCAGUUAAGUUCUACAGAAAAUGGGAUACAAAUUAUUGGUACUAGUGGCGUGGCAGCCUCUAUGGGUUUCUACUAUUACCUCAAGUAUUACUGUAACGGCCAGCGUACUUGGGCUGGACAGCAGACCGAAUUGCCUCCACUUUUACCAGUGAUUACAAAGCCAGUAAAGGUGACAACAAAUGACCAGUUUAGCUAUUACCAGAAUGUAUGCACUUCAAGCUACACUAUGGCAUUCUGGAAUUGGGACAGAUGGGAAAAAGAAAUUGAUUGGAUGGCACUUCAGGGAAUAAAUCUACCUCUUGCCUUUGUAGGACAGGAAGCCAUUUUCCAAAGAGUCUACUUGAGUUUAGGAUUCACUCAGGCUGAUCUAGAUGCACAUUUUGGAGGUCCUGCUUUCUUAGCUUGGGCAAGGAUGGGCAACAUUCAAGGUUGGGGUGGGCCUCUGCCUCAAAUGUGGAUUACUAACAAACUGGUCCUACAACACAAGAUCCUCGCUCGCAUGCGAUCUUUAGGCAUGAUUCCAGUGCUUCCUGCAUUUGCUGGACAUGUUCCUAAAGCUAUUACAAGGGUAUUUCCAAAUGCUACAGUCACUCGUCUCAGUAACUGGAAUAGCUUCAAUGAUACAUACUCUGGGCUAUAUCUACUAGACUUUCAAGAUCCAUUGUUUCUUAAAAUUGGCCAAGCUUUCAUUGAAGCACAAAGCAAUGAGUAUGGGACUGAUCACAUCUACAAUACGGAUACUUUUAAUGAGAUGACGCCAACUUCUAGUGAUCCCUCCUAUAUUCGAGCUGCUGGUCAGACAGUGUUUAAUGGAAUGCUGGCUGCAGAUCCCCAGGCUGUAUGGUUGAUGCAGGGUUGGCUGUUUGGAGAUGAAAGUUACUGGAAACCUGAACUAGUCAAAGCUUUAGUGACCUCAGUACCUCAGGGACGUAUGAUAAUCCUAGAUCUUGCUACAGAAACAAAUCCAAUAUAUCAGAGGCUAGAAUCUUAUUAUGGGCAACCCUUUAUCUGGUGCAUGCUUCACAACUUUGGAGGAACAAUGGAGCUAUAUGGUGCAGUGGAUCAGAUAAACAAGGGUCCAUUUAUUGGUCGUCAGUUUCCCAACUCUACAAUGGUUGGUAUUGGCAUUACACCUGAGGGCAUUCAUCAAAAUGAGGUCAUGUAUGAGUUUAUGCUGGAGAACUCGUGGCAAUCACAACCUCGGGAUGUCAAUGAUUGGAUUGUGAAAUAUGCUAGACAACGUUAUGGGGCAGACAGCCCAUCAGCCAUUGCUGCUUGGAAACUCUUAAUGAAAGGUAUUUACAAUGCACCCACAUCUAUACGAGAUUUUGACCAUGUACUAAUCACAAUUCGACCAACACCCACUUAUGAUAUCAAGAGUGAUGUUUGGUUUGACCCUGAAGAUCUAUUUUCUGCCUGGGACAACUUGCUGAAUGCAUCUUUUGACUUGAAUGGCAGUGAGCUCUUUCUCUAUGACAUAACAGACGUUACACGUAACUCACUUCAGAUUAUAGCACUGCAGUUUUAUUCUGCCAUGGUCACUGCUUUUCAAAAAAAGGAUAUCCCCACAGUGAAAGAGGCUGGACAGAAUAUUACAAACUUGUUGGCUGACCUUGAUCACUUGCUGAGUUCUAAUGAGCGCUUCCUGUUGGGACCUUGGAUAGCAGAUGCCAGGUCUUGGGCUACUGAUGACAAUGAGUCAAAACUGUAUGAGUACAAUGCCAGAAACCAGAUCACACUGUGGGGGCCUACUGGGGAGAUCCAUGAUUAUGCCUCCAAGCAGUGGGCAGGUGUUGUAGCAGACUAUUACAAGCCAAGAUGGCAGUUUUUCACUAACUGGCUGGUACAACUUAUUCAAAAUGGCAGCCAAUGGGAUUUCUAUAUAUUUGGAGAAAAAAUUUUAUCUACUGUAGAAAUUCCAUGGAACAUUCAACGUUACCAGUAUCCAACGACACCUACAGGCAAUUCAAUCGCCAUCUCUAAAUCUUAUCAUGACAAGUAUCGUCCACUUACUAAAGAUCCUUUCUUCCGCAAACUGUGGGGAAGGCAGCUAAAAAAACAACAAUUGAAACAAACACCUGAAAGUUUGUAUGACAGGAAAAUGAAGUUUUUCCAAUGACAGUAAAAAAAAUUGUGUUUUCUUGAUUUACACUUUUUUUAAAUUUUACAAUCAGCUCAGUCAACUGAUGUGCAAGUGCCAAUAACUCCCUUUUAAAGUGUUAUUUGUAUAUAUUAUUGUUGGUUGGGAUACAUUCUUAUUAUUUCUCUUUGAUGUGAACAUUCCAUUAAAGACAUUUUCUUAUAUUUAUACUUUUUAAUAAUUGCUUUCAAUACAGAGCCUUGCUAUCUCUUUUUUUUUUUCCUCUAACAUUUGCUGUUCAGGAUUUUUCUUUAACCAUUUUUUUUCCUUUUGUAGAACAAAAUGGGGGAUAAUAUCUUUUUUUUUAACUUUGAUAUUGAUUUAAAAUUUUGUUCUCUGUAAUAAAGAAAAUUCUACUCAGAUACAGCCAAAGAAUAUUAUAACCCUAACCCCAAACAAUAUGCAAGGACAAAUUGUACAAAUACUCUUUCUUCCCUAGUGCUAUUAGAGCAUGGAAUGGUUGCCUUGGCAGAAUUUAAGUCAUUGGUUAAUAUGCAUGACUGAAUGCAUGACGCGUAGGAUGUAAUCAUCUUCUUUUUUGAAGUAAUGUCUCUAUUAUAUAAGAUAAGAUAAGAUAAAGAUUUUUAAAAAUGUAUUAAUAGCCAUAUCAAUGUUUUCAAUAAAUUAUUAUAAUAAUUUUUAACUAUUCAUUUGACAUCCAAGUGAGUUAAUUUAGUAGAACUAAUAAGUAUUAAAUGUCAAGGAGAUUAUCUAUCAACAAAUCGUAUCCAAUAUGUCAAUAGGGUUCUCAUGGAUGAUAGAAUUUAUUUAUUCCAUAUAUAUUUUUACAAUGGAUAGAUUGACAUGCUAAGCAAUGUUUUAAAGAUUUCAUUUCUUUUAAUUAGUGUAAAAAUAAGGUGAUAGCUCAUAUUAAGUUAAUACCCCCCCCCCUUUUUUUUUUUUUUGUUGAGACUUUCAUGUCUAUUGGGAAGGUAAAGUUAAUUAACUUUGACCUCAAUUGUUUUUAUUGGCAAGUGAUUUAUAAAUGUGCCACUCCUUUUAAUUAUAUUAGGUGCAUUAUAUAUCUGUAUAUUGGGGCAGACAUCUUAUUAGACAAUCAGAUGACAUAAAGAUGACACAAAGAUGUAUCAGCUGUUCAGUAUUGACAUUUAAGACCAGAAUUAUUAUGUCUGGGGUAUUUGGUUAAGCAGCCAUUUGACCACUUUAUGAGCCCAUCCAUAUUAAAAUAAGGGAAGUAACUCAUUUUACUAUGUUGAAUUAAUUCAUUAAUUACUAUCUGAUCUCAGUUUGUGAAAGUCAAGGUGAACAAAAUAAGUUCAUUUGACAUAACUAGCCAUCUGAUCUCUGGAUAUUACUCUCUUGAUAGACACCUACAUUUUGAUAUGAAUGUGGUACUGUAACUUUCCACUUUGUGUUGAUAUUAUUAGAAGUUACUAAUAAAAAAUCUAAAAUGUGUUUUUUCAAAAUUGAAAUAUUCAUGCAGUAAACACACACACCAAUACUGAGGAAAAAGGAAAUACAUUUUUCUUUGUAAAUAGUUUUAGCAUUCUGAAACUUCACAAAUCUAGCAGGUUGUAGCAGGUUUUGGGGUUGUGAGACAGCACAAGUAGAAACUUCUGCACAAACUUCAUUUCAAUAUUGAAGAUGAGGGAAGAAAUGGGUCCUUUGAAACUUAUGGGUAGGGGAGACCAAUCUGAAGUACGAGGUUUAACUGUAAAUCUGAUCUGUCACUACUUGUCAAUCAUGUCUGUCACAUCUCAUGACAAACUUUCUGAUGGCUCAUCCCAUCUCUUGUAUUUGAUUACUUUUGAGAAAUGAAAUGCAUGUAAAUAUAAUUUUUUGAUAGAUGUGCUGACAAUAUUUCAUUUGAAAUGGUUUAUUGUUUUAUAAUUAUAAUACUGCUUCAUGUGAAAUUGUUA